AAAAGAAAAGGUUCCUGUAGAAGAAAUUAGUUUAGAACAAUAGAUUUAACAGGAUAGAAUAACAUUACCCCUUCUCACAAAGAGCCACGGUGCUCACAUCAUUCUUUUUUGGUUUAGGUUGUCGCUUCCCCUGUUUCUACAGUUAUUUUAACGUAGCAGUAAUUUACAAUUGCUGCUGCGAAGUUCACCUCUGAUUCUUCGUCCUCCUGCUGCUGACGUCUCCGGUUACUGCGUUCCUGCCAGUUUGUGUUCCUGGUGCGGUGGGGGACGGGUAAGUUAAGACCUGACGUCCCAGCCCGGCAGGGCCUCUCUAUCUCGCAGCAGGGAAGAUAAAUGGCUCUAAUCCAAGCCUGACUUUGGUACUCUCCGCUCGCGCCCCGGCUUCGGUCCUCGCCGGCAACUCUCCAGUUUGAGUUGUGCCUGGUUCCUCCGUACCCUCUCGCCCCCAACGACGCCGCCCUCCGUGUGUGAGGCAGCGGCGGCGUCUUGGCCCCUUCCGCACACACUUCGGCCGGUGAGUUCCCCCCCUCAGGAGCAUCUGCACCAGAAUCCUGAGACCUGAGCUGCUGUAUCUCGGUGCUAUGCCCUUGGCCCAUUUAUCAAAAUUUAUAAAUGUCCCUUUCUUACAUUUCCAGUACGACUGGAGGCCAACUAGCUUCUAUUAAAAAAAAAAAAAAAUCAAAAAACUUUAGAAGUAAUUUAACAUUUAAAGACUGAUAAACCCAUGCUAUGUUAAAAUUGAGAUUCUGUCUCUUUACAAAUUUUAUUCUUUAUCAUGAGCACAUUAAAAAAAUACCUAUGGUCUCUGUUACCAAUAAAAUUUUAACAUUUAAAUUACAUGUAUUAGUUAAGGUGAAAUUUGGUUAUCUGUCAUAUUGGGACUCCUCUUUUCUUUCGAAGACACCCUUCCUGUAAAAAAGAUACAAUAAUAGUGCUGCCAUGUAUUGAGAUUUUGCUAAGCAUUCAGCACUGUGCAUUAUCCAUAUAGUUCCUUUCCUCACUAAGCCUACAAAAUAUGUAUUAUUAACAAUGCCUAGAAUUGUGGGAAACCAAAAUGAGGCAUAAUCAGCUAUGUUGUGAGACACCACCUACUGUCACUGUACAUGUAAAAUCAGGGUCAAAUAGAUCACAUCAGCCUAAAAAACCCAUUAACCUGAAGCGUCCUAUUUUUAAAGAUAGUUGGCCAGCAUCUGAAAAAAAUGCACAUAAUAGCAACAAGUCUAAAUGCCCCAAAGGACCCUGUCUAGUUAUACAGCGUCAGGAAAUGACUGCUUUCUUUAAAUUAUUUGAUGACGAUUUAAUUCAAGAUUUCUUGUGGAUGGACUGCUGCUGUAAAAUUGCAGACAAGUAUCUUUUGGCUAUGACCUUUGUUUAUUUCAAGAGAGCUAAAUUUACUAUAAAUGAGCAUACCAGGAUAAAUUUCUUUAUUGCUCUGUAUCUGGCUAAUACAGUUGAAGAAGAUGAAGAAGAAUCCAAAUAUGAAAUUUUUCCAUGGGCUUUAGGGAAAAACUGGAGAAAAUUAUUCCCUGAUUUCUUAAAGUUAAGGGACAAACUCUGGGAUAGAAUUGACUAUAGGGCUAUUGUAAGCCGGCGAUGCUGUGAGGAGGUUAUGGCCAUUGCUCCAACCCAUUAUAUAUGGCAACGAGAACGCUCUGUGCAUCACAGUGGAGCUGUUAGAAACUACCACAGAGACGAAGUUCAACUGCCCCGGGGACCUAGUGCCACACCGGUUGAUUGUUCACUCUGUGGUAGAAAAGGAAGAUACGUUAGACUGGGAUUGUCUUCAUCGUCAUCUUCAUCCAGUGAUACAGUAGAGGUGGUGGAGAAACAUUCUCAGGAAUCACACAACUCAUUCUCAAUGGACAUAAUAGUUGAUCCUUCUCAAGCUUAUAGCUAUUUUCAAGGUAUGACUUAGAGAUAUGUCAGAAUUAGAUCUAUGAAUGUUAUUAAUAAAUCCAAGUUAUCUAUUGGCCAGUAGUCAGUCCUUAUAGGCGGAGUACAUAAUUAUUUAUAUACUACAACAAUAUGAGUUAAAGUAGUAUUGAAAGUUUUCCCCUUUUCAAGUACUACUUUUUGUCUUGGUAUUGUUUUGUGGUAGCUUACCUAAACUAAGAGAUUUUUAAUGUGAUUUCUGUUAAACUGAAACCUAAUUCACCAUAGAUCUCAAGUAUUUUAAGAGCCUGAACCAUUUUCUUUGUAAUGUUUAUUUUAUUCAAAAGAAGUUUUAAGAAGAGAAUAAAUUUACUUGUAAUCUCACCAUGCAGCUUUAUCAGUAAUUAACUAUUGGUUUCUUCUACACACUUUUUAAAAUUGAGAUAAAAUUGACAUAUAACACUGUAUUAGUUUUAGGUGUGUAACAUAAUGAUUAACACAAUAAAUUUAGUUAACAUCCAUCACCAUACAGUUACGGUUUUUUUUCUUGUGAUGAGAACUUUUAAGAUACACUCUUAGCAACUCUCAAAUACACAAUCUUGUUAACUAUAGUCACCAUGCUGUAGAUUAUAUCCCCAGAACUUAUUUAUCUUAUUACUGGAAAUUUGUACUUUCCACUACCUUCACCCACUCCCCCCCUCUCCCCACCUUCUCUGGCAACCACCAUUUGGUGGUGUAUUUAUGAGUUCAGGUUUUUAAAUUUAUGUUUAAUUUUUGUUUAAUAUUUAUUUAUUUAGGCUGUGUUGGGUCUUAGUUGCAGCGUGCGGGCUCUUUGUUGCGGCGGGCAGGCCUCUCUCUAGUUGUGGUGCACAGGCUCCAGAGUGCACAAGCUCAGUCGCCCCGUGGCAUGUGGGAUCUUAGUUCCCUGACCAGGGAUCGAACCCACGUCCCCUGCAUUAGAAGGUGGUUUUGUAACCACUGGACCACCAGGGAAGACCUGAGUUCAGCUUUUUUUAGAUUUCACAUAUAAGUGAGAUCACACAGUAUUUGCCUUUCUCUGUCUCACUUAGCACAAUGCCCUCAAGGU